UCAAUUAGACAACGGUGAUGUUGAGUGCAAGUGUGCAUGUGAGUGUGUGAGAAUGUGCAUGAGAAGCGAGGAGUGUCAACAAGGACGGACCGUCAGCUGGGACAUGUAAACACGCCGAUCUGGAUGACGUUGUACAGGGAUGAUGACCCCAGCUUGAGGAAGUGCGUGCGCCAUGGACCUUCCUAUGCCAGACGGAGCUUGUUUCCUCCUCCAGAUAAUGCUUCAAAAAAUUCACACAACAUAAAGUUGUUGGCAUCAGAGACAGGGUUGACACUAGCCGCCAUGCUGCGGUUGAAGCGACCCACCACUCUUCUCUGGGGUAUCGGUCUUUGUCUCGUAUUUUUCUUCUAUGUAUCUUUACCGUCGGCAAAUACAGAUGAGUGUGAGUGUAAAAGUGAGCAAGACGCUGCUGCUGCUUCCGGGGUCGUGCCUGGCCAAUCACUCCUCCGACCUUCCAAGCUGUUCACAAAUGACAAGCACAAAAUGGCUCUUCUUGUUCCAUUUAGGGAUCGCUUUGAGGAGCUGUUAGAGUUUGCUCCUCAUAUUCACACAUUCCUAAACGCUCAGCACAAAAAUCAUCAUUUAUACAUCAUUAAUCAGGUGGAUAACCUUCGCUUCAAUCGAGCUUCUCUUCUCAAUGUGGGUUUUUUGGAAUCUGGCAUUGACUGUGAUUAUAUUGCAAUGCAUGAUGUUGAUCUUUUGCCUAUGAAUGCAGCGUUGACUUAUGACUUUCCUCACGAUGGUCCAUACCAUGUUGCUGCCCCUCAUCUUCACCCAAGAUAUCAUUACCCAACAUUUAUUGGUGGCAUACUUCUGGUGAAGAGGUGAGAGUUCUCAGAUUGAAU